ACAGUUCACCAGUAAAAGGAUUUAAUUCAACUCACAUUUUGAUGGACAGCGGCAGCGACGUCAUGUUGCUUCAGGGCCUAAUUAAGCACGUAGCACAGGUGCCAGAGGAGGAAUUAAUGAGCGAUAUUUUGAAGCGGUUAACGGGCGAGUCUGCACUCCCUGCAUACAGCAACAUUGAAAAGUUCAGACGAGGAAAGGACGGCUUAUACUUCAUCGCGGAGGACUUUCAUGAAACUGUGAAAAAAAGGGAAUUGGUCAACGCCAAGGAACGACUAAGAAUCAGGAACUUGAACCACAUGUUCUCCCGCUUGAAGCGAAUGGUGCCACUAAUGCGACCUGACCGGAAGCCCAGUAAAGUGGACACACUCAAAGCUGCAACGGAAUACAUUCGAUUGCUUGUUGCAGUUUUGCAGGACACUGCCACUGAUGGAGGCAGUGGGACUGAUUUCUUAAAGAAAGCAAUCACUUAUGGUCAGACUGACGGCUUGGGCAGUGACCUAUGGAGAGUGGAUGAUUUGCUGAACAUGUCAGAGGAGCACAUGGAAGACGGUUUCACCAUGCCCCCGGAACCGGUAUCUGAGGACGGAGAUAUGAGCAGACUGGUGUUGCAACAUUGUGUGAUGCCUGCGUACCAGUUCAUCAUUCAAGUAGCACCUGAUCAGACUUUGAUGUCUCAACCAUAGAGCAGAUGGCUUGGACCACUAUUGGAAACCUUUCAGUGUUAUGGUGCGUUCCAUUUGUACUCGGAAGUCAGAACUUUUGAGUUCCAAGUUGGAAAUUUCAAAUGGAACACCCCCUUAAGACGGAUUUCCGACUCGGAAAGUCGGAGAACCUUACAGUACCCUGAACAAAGCCGACCACAAAAUCCAACAUGGCUGCUCAAUCGUCAACAGUAGCAAAAGCUGUAGUUAUGUACUGUUUAUUAGCACUUCUGUCUUAUUU